AAUAAAAGCGUGCGUUCAUUUUUCCGCCAUUUUGUGACGAGCCUGGACGGAGCUGUGAGGUAGUUGUGAUAGGAGAGGAAUUUUCUUCUUGUUUUGUUUCAGAAGUCAUAAUGUCAAGUGGAAGAGUCUAUGUUGGAAGGUUGAGCUACCAAGCUCGAGAGAGGGAUGUUGAAAGGUUUUUCAGAGGUUUUGGUAGAAUACGUGAAAUCAAUCUAAAAAAUGGCUUUGGGUUUGUGGAAUUUGAAGACUAUCGAGAUGCUGAUGAUGCUGUCUAUGAGCUGAAUGGCAAAGAACUUGUUGGUGAAAGAGUAAUUAUUGAACAUGCCAGAGGACCUGCAAGAGGUCGUGAUGAAUACAGAUAUGGCUACCGCAGGAGAGGAGGUGUUGACAAGUUCGGAGGAUCUGGUGGGGGUGGUAGUAGGAGCUCACAAAGAUAUGGGCCUCCAGUCAGAACCGAACAUCGCGUCAUUGUGGAGCAUCUAUCCACCAGAGUUAGUUGGCAGGACUUGAAAGACUACAUGAGACAGGCAGGAGAGGUCACAUUUGCAGAUGCCCACAAACAGCGCAAGAAUGAAGGAAUCGUUGAAUUCGCUACGUACAGUGACAUGAAGAAUGCAAUUGAGAAACUAGAUGGAACAGAAAUUAAUGGACGUCGCAUCAAUGUGGUAGAGGACAGGCCCUCAUCAUCAUCAUCAAGGAGAAGGUCUAGGAGCCACUCUAGAUCUCGUUCCCGAUCUCGUCGUCGCUCCAGGUCUCCCCGAAGCAGAUCCCGAAGCCGCUCCCGUAGCAGGUCCCGAUCUCGCUCCCAUUCCCGCAAGUCUAGAAGCCCAAGGAAGAGCCCAAAGAGGAGCCCCAAGAGAAGUAGGAGCAGGUCUCUUAGUCCAAAGCGCGAUAGUCGAAGCCGGAGCCGUUCACGAAGCAAGUCACCAAGGAAUAGCAGAAGUCCUUCACCUAUUGAGCAGAACAACAAGGGAAUGUCAAGAUCCAGAUCUCCUAGUCCUCGAGAUGAUGAUUAGACUGGGAUGUCGGGUGGAAAGAAUGGUUUGGCCAAAUGGAAGUGGUAUCUAUGAAUGCAGAAAUUUAAAAGAUGUACAGCUGUAUACUUUGUGAACUUUGUAAAUUUACAGUUGUAUUUCAGUGACAGCAUAUUAAUAUGCUCUAGCUCAUUGCAUUCUACUUCACUUUGAAUGAUUGAUACUAUGUUGGGGGAAAAAGGGUGAAAUGUAGAUCAACACCAAAAUGUGGACCUCUUUUUUUCACCUGUACCAUUGCUACCAAAUAUCUUCAUUGAUAAUUUUAUAGGUAGUCUCAAAGCAUUGUCACUUGGCUUUGGUCUGAAUAUUUCCCUUCAGAGGUGAGAAGAUAGUAUUGGCACCAUGGUAGUGUUGCAUUAAACUUUUCAUUUAAGGUAACUCCAUCAGUGCUUAUCAAAAUCAAGGUUUCUAUUAACUGCCAUUGAUAUUUAAGUUACCACAAAAUAAAGUUUUCUGCAACUGAACCAAUUUUUUUCCAAUAUAUUUUUAAUCAUACACCUGAAGAAAUGAUUAUCUACUAUUUUUAGUAUUUUAAUUGAUGCCUUCGCAGCAUCAUGCUCAGUUCAGAAAUCAUUACUGAAUCAGCUGAAUGAUAUUUGUACAUUAUGAUGCCCUUUGUAUAUUAUAUCUUUUCAAAUUGUAGAAAUUGUUUAAAUUGGUUUGAUGGAAAGGAGAGUUCUAGUACUACCGCUAUUGAACAGCUUUAUAUUUUUGGAGGAAAGCGAACCUGUCAUUACUGAUAACAAAUAAUCCUUACCCAAAUUAGAUCACAAAUGUGUAUUUUUCACAGCUUUUGUAAGUGGUAUUUAGGCAUUCCUUGAAUUUAUCUUUGGUUUAUUUUAAAUGUGAUGUGGUUCAAAUUGGUGUAUUUUUGUAAUUGUCCUUUCAUUCUCAAGGUUUUUUUUGUAAAUUUGAAAAUGUGUUGUAUUUCCUUUAGAGGUAAUUCUAAAAUUUCCUCCAUUUAAUAUUUUCUCCUUUUUAAAAAGCUUUCUUGUACAUUACUUUUAUUAGUGAUUAUGCCAGACAUUUUAAUAACAUGAUUGCACUCAUUCAAUAUUCAGAAAAACCCAAAUUAUGGCCGUGUUGCUGGAUGUACUUUUCAGAGUAACCAAGUGUUUUUAUUGUAAACCUCGCGUUUUCAUGAGAAAUACUGUUUUUCCACCAAAAACGUUCCCCCCCCCACUUUAUGGAAUGUUCUAAAGUAAUAGCUGCAGAAUGAGUUUUGAAAAGAACUGUAUUUUAAGUAGGGUAAUAAUUUGUAUGUAAACUUGUUUUUCACAUGGAUUAAAAGAAUGAAAGGCAAA